UUGCAUCGGUGCCAAGCGUGAGCCCGCCGGUGCCCGCCCACCAUGUCGGACACCAAGGUGAAAGUGGCCGUCCGAGUCCGGCCCAUGAACAGACGGGAGCUGGAGCUCAACACCAAGUGCGUGGUGGAGAUGGAGGGCAACCAGACCAUCCUGCACCCGCCCCCCCCCGCGAACUCCAAGCGAGGGGAGAGAAAACCACCCAAGGUGUUUGCCUUUGAUUACUGUUUCUGGUCCAUGGAUGAAUCCAACACUACAAAAUAUGCGGGACAAGAAGUGGUGUUCAAAUGCCUUGGAGAUGGGAUUCUUGAAAAGGCCUUUCAGGGAUAUAAUGCUUGUAUUUUUGCGUAUGGACAAACAGGUUCGGGAAAGUCCUUCUCCAUGAUGGGCAGCUCAGAGCAGCUGGGACUUAUCCCCCGGCUGUGCUGUGCCUUGUUCCAGAGGAUCUCCUUGGAGGAAAACGAAUCCCAAAACUUUAAAGUCGAAGUAUCCUACAUGGAAAUCUAUAACGAAAAGGUCCGGGAUCUUUUAGACCCCAAAGGGAGUCGGCAGUCUCUUAAAGUUCGAGAGCAUAAAGUGUUGGGUCCCUACGUAGAUGGUUUAUCUCAGCUGGCCGUCACCAGCUUUGAGGACAUCGAAUCGCUGAUGUCAGAGGGCAACAAGUCGCGAACCGUGGCCGCUACGAACAUGAACGAGGAAAGCAGCCGGUCCCACGCCGUCUUCAACAUCAUCGUCACCCAGACGCUGUACGACCUGCAGUCCGGGAACUCGGGAGAGAAGGUCAGUAAGGUCAGUCUGGUGGACCUGGCUGGGAGCGAGAGAGUGUCCAAAACGGGCGCAGCUGGGGAGCGUCUGAAGGAAGGCAGCAACAUCAACAAGUCUCUCACAACCCUGGGACUGGUUAUCUCAUCCCUGGCCGAUCAAGCAGCCGGGAAAGGGAAGAGCAAAUUUGUGCCUUAUCGGGAUUCAGUCCUCACCUGGCUCCUCAAGGACAACUUGGGGGGCAACAGCCAAACUUCCAUGAUCGCCACCAUCAGCCCGGCGGCGGACAACUACGAGGAGACCCUCUCCACGCUGCGAUACGCCGACAGAGCCAAGAGGAUCGUCAACCACGCGGUGGUCAAUGAAGACCCCAAUGCCAGAGUCAUCAGAGAACUCCGGGAAGAAGUGGAAAAGUUGAAGGAGCAGCUGUCCCAGGCUGAGGCCAUGAAAGCUCCAGAGCUGAAGGAAAAAUUGGAAGAAUCCGAAAAGCUGAUCAAAGAACUGACGGUCACUUGGGAGGAGAAGUUGCAGAAAACAGAAGCAAUUGCACAGGAGAGGCAGAGGCAGUUGGAGAGCAUGGGGAUCUCCCUGGAGACUUCUGGCAUCAAGGUCGGGGAUGACAAGUGCUACCUAGUGAACCUGAAUGCGGAUCCUGCUCUCAACGAGCUCCUGGUGUACUACUUAAAGGAUCACACCAGGAUCGGGGCAGCCACAUCUCAGGAUAUUCAGCUCUUUGGUAUAGGAAUUCAAGCGGAGCACUGCGAGAUAGACAUUGCAACGGAUGGCGAUGUUUGUCUCACUCCAAAAGAAAAUGCAAGGUCCUGUGUGAAUGGCACUUUGGUGCGCUGUGCCACCCAGCUCUGGCACGGAGACAGAAUCUUAUGGGGAAACAACCACUUUUUUAGAGUAAACCUGCCCAAGAGGAAACGGCGAGAUUGGCUAAAGGAGUUUGAGAAGGAUACCAGUCCUCCAGAGCAGGACUUGGACGCAGCAAGCGAAGCUUCCUCGGAGCCGGAUUACAACUACGAAUUCGCCCAGAUGGAAGUGAUCAUGAAGACCCUAAACAGUAAUGACCCGGUGCAGAACGUGGUGCAGGUGCUGGAGAAGCAGUACCUGGAGGAGAAGCGCAGCGCCCUGGAGGAGCAGCGGCUCAUGUACGAGCGCGAGCUGGACCACCUGCGCCAGCAGCUGUCCCCCGACCGCCAGCCCCAGCCCGGAGCCGACCACCGCCUGCUCCUCACGGCCCACGCCGCCCAGCACAAGGUGGCCCUGUGGGCCGAGGAGAGAGACGGACUGUUCCGGCAGAGUCUGGCCAAACUCCGGGAGCAAAUUGUCAAGGCCAACACGCUGGUGAGGGAAGCCAACUUCUUGGCCGAGGAGAUGAGCAAGCUCACGGAUUACCAGGUCACCCUCCAGAUCCCAGCCGCAAACCUCAGCGCCAACAGGAAGAGGGGAGCUAUAGUGAGCGAGCCGGCCAUUCAGGUGAGAAGGAAAGGAAAAAUCACCCAGGUGUGGACCAUCGAAAAGCUGGAGAACAAACUGAUCGACAUGCGAGACCUCUAUCAAGAGUGGAAGGAGAAAGUCCCUGAGGCCACAAGGCUCUGUGGGAGGCGAGGUGACCCUUUCUACGAAGCCCAAGAGAACCACAACCUCAUCGGGGUGGCCAAUGUCUUCCUCGAGUGUCUCUUCUGCGACGUGAAACUUCAGUAUGCGGUGCCCAUCAUCAGCCAGCAAGGAGAGGUGGCCGGCCGGCUCCACGUCGAGCUGAUGCGCGUCACGGGGGUCGUCCCGGAGCGGGCGGCCGAAGGGGACGACUCCUCGGAGAACUCCUCGGAGAGCGGGAGCCUGGAAGUCGCCGACGGCAACGGAGAUGGCCUCCAGCUAGCCAGGAGGCUGACCUGCAGGGUGAGGAUUAAAGAAGCGACGGGCCUGCCACUGAACCUGUCCAAUUUUGUCUUCUGCCAAUACACUUUCUGGGACCAGUGCGAAUCCACGGUGGCGGCCCCCGUGGUUGACCCGGAGGGGCCCUCCGCUCCCCCCAGAGAGGCCCAGUUCACCGUGACGUUCUCUCACUGUAAGGACUAUGUGGUGAACGUCACCGACGAGUUCCUGGAGUUCAUUUCCGAGGGGGCCCUGGCCAUCGAGGUGUGGGGUCACAGGUGCGCCGGGAAUGGCAACGCCACCUGGGAGGUCGAUUCUCUGCGCGCCAAGACCAGGACGCUUCGGGACAGGUGGAGCGAGGUGACCCGCAGGAUCGAAAUGUGGAUCUCCAUCUCGGAGCUGAACGAGAUGGGGGAGUACGCGGCGGUCGAACUUCACCAGGCCAAGGAUGUGAACACGGGGGGGAUCUUUCAGCUGAGACAGGGCCAUUCUCGGCGGGUUCAGGUCACGGUGAAGCCCGUGCAGCGCUCUGGGACGCUUCCCCUCAUGGUGGAGGCCGUCUUGUCCGUCUCCAUUGGCUGCGUGACCGCUCGUUCCACCAAGCUGCAGCGGGGGUUGGACAGCUACCAGAGAGAGGAUGAGGAUGGUCAUGAUAUGGAUAGUUAUCAGGAAGAAGAUUUGAACUGUGUGAGGGAAAGGUGGUCUGACGCGCUCAUUAAACGCAGAGAAUACCUGGAUGAACAGAUAAAAAAAAUCAGCAAUAAAAUCGAGAAAACCGAGGACGACACGGAGCGAGAAGCCCGGCUGGUGGAACAGUGGGUGGGGCUGACGGAAGAGAGGAACGCCGUGCUGGUGCCCGCCCCGGGCAGCGGGAUCCCCGGGGCCCCGGCGGAUUGGACUCCACCAACUGGAAUGGAGACCCACAUUCCCGUGCUCUUCCUUGAUUUGAACGCCGACGACCUCACGGCCAACGAGCAGCUGGUCGGUCCUCACGCCUCGGGGGUCAACUCGAUCCUUCCAAAGGAGCACGGGAGUCAGUUCUUCUACCUGCCAAUCAUCAAGCACAGCGAUGACGAGGUGUCAGCCACCGCCUCUUGGGACUCGUCGGUCCACGAUUCGGUGCACCUCAACAGGGUGACGCCGCCGAACGAGCGGAUCUACCUGAUCGUCAAGGCCACGGUCCAGCUGAGUCACCCGGCCGCCAUGGAGGUGGUGCUGCGGAAAAGGAUCGCCGUGAACGUUUACAACAAACAGAGCUUUACACAGAGUCUGAAGAGAAGAAUAUCCUUGAAAAAUAUUUUUUAUUCCUGUGGUGUGACGUAUGAAAUCGUCUCCAAUAUACCAAAGGCGACGGAAGAGAUCGAGGACCGGGAAACGUUGGCCCUCAUGGCGGCGAGGAGCGAGAACGAGGGCUUGUCGGAUGGGGAGACGUAUAUCGAGAAGUACACGCGCACCGUGCUGCAGGUGGAGAACAGUCUGAGUCUUGAGCGGCUCCGGCAGGCCGUCACGGUCAAAGAAGCGCUCUCGACCAAAGCCAGGCUUAUACGGAGGAGCAUGAGCACACCAAAUGUCCACAACGCAUCUUCAAGUCGGUUGGACCUCUCUGGAUGUGAUGAAGAUGAGAAGGGGUGGUCGGAGAGCCGUCUGGACUCGUCGGAAUGCACCUCCAGUUUUCAGGAUGUCUCGUGCUAUGGCACUUUACCCCGGGAUUCACCACGCAGGAGCAGAGACAGCGGUGGUGUCCCGUCGGAGACUCCUCACGCCUUAGCCGUCAGCCCCUUCAAAGCAUUCUCCCCUCAACCACCCAAGUUUUUCAAACCCUUAAUGCCCGUGAAGGAGGAACAUAAGAGGAAGACUCCCCUUGAAACGCGGCCUCUGCUAAGCCAAGAGAGCAUGUCUUCACCCCAGUUGCAUAAAGCUGGCUGGGUUGUGCCCUCGGGACGCAAGUCCACCAGCAUGCCCGUAGAAAACAAUAGCAUUCGUGCGGAGAAGAUUGACUCAGAGGAAGAAGACAGCGAACUGGAGGCGAUGAACAAGAAGCUGAGCCUCCCGCAGGGUUUCCCCAACUUCCGGCCUUACGUCCCCGAGGAGUUCGCCGACUUCAGCGUCUACAACGCCGGCCUGGAGAACCGAGAAUGGUUUUCGCCCAGAGCCGACUUGGCGAGCUGCCGGGCCCUGGAGAAAGAGGUGUCCCGGAGCCCGACGGCUAGCAGCAUCACCAGCGGCUACGUCUCCCACAGUGCCUCGAACGCCACCCUGUCCGACAUGCUGGUCCCCUCCAGCGAGAGCACGGACCAGCUGGCCGGCCACCCGGCCAGGGAACUGGACCCGAGUGACCGUCCCGGCCCCCCGCUGGCUCCCGACUCGAGACCGUCCCCGAACGGGGAGCCGACGGAGCCGGAGAGAGACUCGGCGCGAGGGCGGGCGAGCCCGCUGCCCCUCGGAGAAAACAGUGCCUUAGCGCUGCCCCAAGGCGCCACGGAAAAAAGUCCCACCGGACCCUGCAGGACCGCCUGGGCUUCCGGGCCGGAGCCCUGCCCCAGCCAGAGCCGGCGCGUGGCGGUGGGCUUCCCCCCCCGGGGAGUGACCGUGGAACGCACCUCGGACGUCGUGGAAGACCACUCGUUCACAGAGUUCAUGGGGGCCUCGGACGCCCGAGGUUUCGACCAGGGGGUGGGCCCGGGGCUUCCCUCCCCCGAGGAGGCUUCGGCGGCCCCUGAAACCGAGGGGAGGCCUGCCUCGGACCCGUCCCGCCCCCCCGGUGCCGUCCCCUCCGUUAGUCCCGGUCAGCCGGGCCCCGGGGCCGACAGGGACCAGCUCUCCGAUGCAGGCCGAGAGGCCCCCGAGCCCAGCUGGGUGAAAACGGCCCCCGGCAUCCCAGUCUCCCCCGGUGGGAACCACGAGGAUGUUUCCGACGGGGAAGACGGCCCCGCGGAGCAAGCGCACGCCCUCCCCGGCUGGCUGUCGGUCGGCGAACAGGUCUGCCUCGGCGGGAACAAGAGCGGAGCGGUGCGAUACGUUGGGCCCGUGGAUUUUUUACCUGGCACGUGGGUUGGUGUCGAACUGAGUGUUCCGAUGGGGAAACACGACGGGACAGUGAAAGGGAAAGAGUACUUCCACUGCCAGCCCCAGCACGGCCUCUUCGUCCGCCCUGCCCGCCUCACCCCAGCCAAGAUGAGGAGCGGCGGCAGCGGCGGCAAAACCCCCCGCCCCCAAGGCCCGCUCGGCUCCGAGAAGAGGAAAGACCCCUCAUCCCCCAGGCCGUUCCCCCCCACCUCCUCCGGGCCCGGGGCAGCAGCACUUAGUCCAUCGGGGGACACCGCCGCCUCGGCGUUUUCCAGGAAGCAGGAGAACAGGAAGUCCUGGAUCAAUUAAGUACUUUCCUUCGCACUUAACUCCUCCACCACGCUGGACCGCUUUGACCACCUUCUCUUCAUACGUUUUUAAUCAGUCCUGACCCGAAUGGGUCCUCGGUGGAAUCACGGACCCGACG